UUUACUUGCACACAGGUGACAGGAGCCCAUAUAACUGAUGGGAUGAGAGAAGAAGCCACUUCCAUCCGCACCUGUUAGCGUCGCUGUUCAGACAUCAACUGUAGGACUACAAAAAAAUGUGUUCCAAACUGCAAGCAGCCAUGGAGGGCCUCAUCACGGUGUUCCACUCCUAUUCUGGAAAAGAAGGCGACAAGUACAAGCUGAGCACACCUGAGCUGAAGAACCUGAUACAGGGAGAACUCUGUGAACUCCUGUCAGCCAGCAAAGACCCCAUGGUGGUUGACAAGAUUAUGAAAGACCUGGAUGAAAACCAGGACGGCCAAGUGGACUUCCAGGAGUUUGUCGUUCUGGUUGCUGCACUGACUGUCGCCUGCAACGAAUUCUUCAUAGACUACGAUAGGAGCAUCGAGGAGAACAAGUCUUCUUCUAAGACAAACUGAGGGUCUAAGAUUUCCCAUGAAAUCACUAACCUUGUGAUGUUGUAUCACUGUGAACCAACUCAAUGUUUUUCUUCUUUUUGUCUUUAAAGAGUCUUUCAUCUUAUUAAAGAUUAUAUCCUGUU